CUGCUCCGCUGGGGGGGAAGGGUCACCUCCCAUUCCACAAGAGUACACUUCACUCUCGCACUCUCGUCUAUCCUUCAAACUACUCAACUAGCAACUAGACUCUAGCGUGAUAGGUGCUACAGAACCUGCUGCAGUCAUUACCACCAACAAUGUCAAACGACCAGAACUUGCCUACAGACGGCACUGCCGUGGUUGUCUUGGACCCAUGGCUCGAACCCUACAAAGGCUCCAUCAAACACCGUUUCGACCUCUACCGCGAACAAGCCCAGUCUAUCCUCGACAACGAGGGUGGACUAGACGAAUUUUCCAAAGGAUACGAGAAGAGGGGGUUUAUUGUCGAUGAGAAGAACGGGGUUAGGUAUACCGAGUGGGCGCCGGGCGUAAAGGAGGCUAGGUUGAUCGGGGACUUCAACAACUGGGACCACACUGCAAACCCGAUGAAGAGGGACGAUUUCGGUGUCUGGGAGUGUUACGUCGAGCCAAAAGCGGAUGGAAGCUGUGCGAUUCCUCAUGAUUCCAUGAUCAAGGUCUCGUUCACCAAACCUGACGGGACGACUAUCGACCGUCUCCCUCCCUGGAUCCAACGGGUCACCCAAGACCUCAACGUAUCUCCCGUUUACGACGCUAGGUUUUGGAACCCGCCCAAGGAGGAGAGGUACACGUUCAAGAACCAACGGCCUUGUCCAGUCGAGGUUACGCCCGAGGGAGGGUUGAAGAUUUACGAGGCGCACGUCGGAAUCUCGACUCCAGAGCCCAAGGUCGGUUCGUACAAGGAGUUUGAGAAAAACUUGUUGCCCCGGAUCAAAGAGUUGGGGUACAACUGUAUUCAGAUGAUGGCCGUUAUGGAGCACGCCUAUUAUGCGUCCUUUGGGUACCAGGUCAACUCAUUCUUUGCCGCUUCUUCACGAUACGGCACCCCGGAAGACCUGAAAUCUCUGAUCGACGCCGCCCAUGGGAUGGGACUAAUCGUCUUGCUCGACGUCGUCCACUCGCACGCUUCUAAGAACACUGAGGACGGUCUGAACUACUUUGAUGGUACCGACCAUUGUUACUUCCAUGAAGGCGGUCGAGGUCGUCACGAUCUUUGGGACUCCCGUCUCUUCAACUAUGGCAGCCACGAGGUGUUGCGGUUCCUCCUUUCUAACUUGAGGUUCUACAUGGACGAGUACCAGUUUGACGGGUUCCGAUUCGACGGUGUGACGAGCAUGAUGUACAAGCAUCACGGUAUGGGCGUCGGGUUCUCGGGUGGAUACCACGAGUAUUUCGGAGACGAUGUCGACAUGGAGGCCAUGGUCUACUUGAUGCUCGCCAACGAACUUCUGCACAAACUCUACCACAACGUCAUCACCAUCGCCGAAGACGUAUCGGGUAUGCCAACGCUAUGUCGACCCGUCGCCGAGGGUGGAGUUGGAUUCGACUAUCGAUUGUCGAUGGCCAUCCCUGACAUGUGGAUCAAGUUGUUGAAGGAAUCGACCGACGACAAGUGGGAGAUUGGUAACAUCUCGCAUACGCUCACCAACAGACGUCAUGCGGAAAAGAGUAUCGCCUAUGCCGAGAGCCACGAUCAGGCUUUGGUUGGCGACAAGACCCUGGCCUUCUGGAUGAUGGAUGCCGAGAUGUACACGAACAUGUCGGACUUGAGCGAGCUGACCCCUGUUGUCGACCGAGGAAUCGCCCUGCACAAGAUGAUCCGAUUGGUCGUCCAUUCGCUCGGAGGCGAGGGUUACCUCAACUUCGAGGGCAAUGAAUUCGGGCACCCGGAAUGGAUGGAUUUCCCGCGGGAGGGUAACGGCAACUCGUUCCAGCACGCCAGGCGACAGUUCAACCUGGUCGACGACAAGUUGUUGAGGUACAAAUAUUUGUACGAGUUUGACAAGGCCAUGAACAACCUCGAGACCCAGUACAAGUGGUUGAGCGCGCCUCAGGCCUACGUCUCGCUCAAGCACGAGGGAGACAAGAUGUUGGUCUUUGAACGUGCCGGUCUGCUUUUCAUCUUCAACUUCCAUUACAAGGAAUCCUUCGUCGACUACCGGGUCGGGAUCGACGUGCCGGGCAAGUACAAGAUCGUCCUCAACUCGGACGAAAAGCGGUUCGGCGGGCACGAGCGCCUCGACAUGAAUUCCGAGUACUUCACGACCGACAUGGAGUGGAACGGGAGGAGAAACUACUUGCAGGCGUACGUGCCUUCGAGGGUCGUCUUGGUCCUGGGCAAGGUCGACUAAGCGGGCGAAGGGCAGAAUAGGAAGACGGCGUGGCAGGGAAACGGUCUGACGUCAUUAUUGUCUCGGCCGUUGGAUCGUGGAGUCGGAGCCGGCUUGGUUCUUUCCGUUAGCACUUCAAGAAUAAUUGUUUUUAUCAGAUCUCAAAGAGCAUGUCCUCAUCAUUUUAUCGAGGCUGAAAGGGAGAAAAAGCCUUUCCAUCUUCCAAACGAUUCCUGUGCACGUUCUCCUUGAGCUGUAAUGGAGAUGCGGGAGGCGAUGAGAUCCGCGCAGAUUACGGCACGGUAUGAACUAGCGCCGAUCUGUCUCAGCAAACUGGAAUCAGGGUUGUAGCGGGAAGAGAGUUUUCGAGCGGCAUGAUAGCAGC